CGUGGUCGUUCAACAUUAACUCUUGAGUCGUUGAGUUGGUGAGAUUUUCAGAGAUAUUCGGAUCAAUCAGAGAUUUUCAAAGAUCAUAAUCGAAACGUAUAAUGGAUUCGUGUGAUGCCGGGUCCCCUUUCGACAAGCUGCCUCCGGAGCUUAUUUGCACCAUAUGCGAUUAUCUUGAUUUGGAGGCGUUGAAGGCAUUGUCUCUUACAUGCCACCGGUUGGAGCAAAUAUGCGCGAACCAAUGUGCUCAUCGGUUUUUCUUGUGCAUCCGCGAGAAUAGACUGGCAUAUUAUAACUAUCAGCUGGGAACAAUUGCCGAAAAGGUGGAAGAGGCAGCCAUUUUGCUGAAGACUACAAAACGUCGCUACCGUCGGGUUCAUCUCGAUGUGCAGUACGAGCCUGAGGCCGAUAGUAUCGAGCAUAUGCAAGCUAUACUCGACAAGCAGUUGUUGCAGCAACUGGCCGUGCUGAAGCUUGAUCUACCGGCUUUAUCGGGAAAUUUGGCCGUACAUCUGUCGGACGCGGUGGCCAAGAUGGACUGCUUGCUGGAGCUAGACAUCUGUUAUCGACAUCAGUUGACAAAUGUCAAUCUGCCUUUGUCCAGUGACUUGAACCUUAUCAACCGUUCACUGCAUAAUCUGUCCCUAGACUACGUUUGGCCGGCCAGGAUCGAUUGCCCCAAUAUGCAGAGCCUUGCCGUUAAAGGGCCAUUCGAUAUAGAGGCUAUCGUAGGUAAGCAGUAUGCGCUGCACGGUGUUCGGGAACCUUACUGGAAGCUGAAGCACAUAAAAGAGCUGGUAAUUACUAAACAUUUACAGAGUAAUCCGUUUCCCGAUUCUUCGGCAUUAGCUGCAAGCUAUAGGGUACAGUUUUAUCGACAGUUGAAACACCUUAAAAAAUUGUACUACAACUUUAACGGCGCGUCAGAUUGGAUAUUGCAGACCAUUUGCGAAUCUUGCGUCCAGCUGGAGCUCCUAUAUUUCCUAAUGCUAGAAGUGGAAGACCGGAAUUCGUUACGCUUCCUUUCGAAUCUGACCAACCUACGAGAAUUGAACAUUUUAAUCGCCAGAAACGUCAUAUCAUUCGCUGACGUUCGCUUGCCCAAUCUGAAAAGGCUUCUAUUAGACUUUGUGGAAAUUUACUGGCCCCCAGUCGAAGGAUUUGAUUCAAUCGAAUGGCUGAAGAUCAAAGCCUUUCCUUGGCAGGAGAAGCAAAUAUGUGAUCUUUUCGCUGGGCCCUUGAACCGUCUCCGCUUUUUAUGGAUCAAGCUAUCAAUAGAUUUAGAGCUCUCGUGGUAUAGAAACAUAUUUGCAGCGCUCACCAAACUGCCUGCGCUGAAAACGCUCGUACUGCACAAUAUGCCAUCUUUGAAUCACCUCAAUGUAAUGAAACCCUUACUGCAGUUAACUAAACUAACAGUUCAACUUUCUUUCGGCAGCGACGGAACGACUGUUCCGGUCGAGGUUCCAAUACUGGUGCCCAACGUUGAAAGAAUCAAAAUUUGUGCAGACAAGGAGUUAGAAAAGGUGCGUUGGAAUAAAAACGUUGCUUCAGUACCUAAAAUAUAACCAAUCAACCUAUUCCGGCAAAGGUUGGAAAUGCAAAGGUUAAAGUCUAAAGUGAAUUAUUUUGUGCAAUAGAGGCAAACUAUCAGCAAUUUCGUUUGGAUUUCCCCGUAUCGACUGGUGGGCCGAAAUCGGUCUACCGAAAAAAGAAACGUUAUAAUGCGUUAUAUUUCAUCCGAUUUUUUUCAUUACGGUGAUUUUUCGGUGUGUCUGGAAGUGACCAUAACCGCCAAAAUAAUCUGGCCAUACUGGCCAGAACCAUCGUUUGACAGUUCGUGUGGAUGAAAUACCGCAAAAAUUGGCCACAAUUUUUUUAUAUAUGGACUUUUACGCAAACUAUUCCAGAUGUCGCCACUGUGGCGCUGGCAGACCGUCUACAGUAGGCGGAGUUUCUCGCCCGCGAAAUUCCAGUUCGUGUGUUUAUGGCCGAACAUGGUUUUAUGACCAAACACACUGUCAGCCAGAUGUUUUAAACCCAAUGUUUUCGCAAAACCACAUCUACAGGAAAUCACCCCUUGACGCUAGCCGAAUGUAGCAUAGCAAUUCGUCUGAUUUUACAGAUACAUUAACAAUCCAAGCGUUAAUAGGAGCGGAAAUAUAAUGGAACCCUCCGAUGCCGGAUCCCCUUUCGACAAGCUGUCUCCAGAGCUCAUUUUCUUCAUUUUUGACCAUCUGAAUCUCGAAUCAUUGAAGGCAGUUUCACUAACAUGCCACCGUUUGGAGGAAAUGUUUGCCGACUACAGUGCACGUCGGUUUGUGCUGAGCAGCCGCAAGAAAACCAACCGAAAAGAAGAUCUUCCGCCACUGAGAAACGUUUUAGAAACGAUGGAAGAGGCAGUCACACUGCUGCAGCGUACAAAACGUUCCUACCGCCGCUUUCAUCUCGACGUGAGGUGUCACCCUAAGCCAGGCAGUCUCGAUGAUGUGCAAGCUGCCCACGACAAGCUACUCGCGACGCGCUUGAUACAGCAAUUGGUUGUGCUGAAGCUAGAUCUCGGGUAUGAAUUGCACAAAAUUGCCGUAAAACUUUCGGGUGUGGUGACUAAGAUGGAAAGUUUGCAAGUGUUGUACAUCGGACAUGAAGCUACGGAUAAUCCGUACCCGUUUAGUCAGCUGAGCCUUGUCAACCGUUCACUGCAAAAGCUGUUGCUGAGCAACGUUUGGCCCGGCAGGAUCGAUUGCCCCAAAAUGGGGAGCCUGAACGUUUCGGUGUUAGAAAUAGAUCUGGGGUCCAUCAUUGGUAAGCAGUAUGUACAGCACGGUGGCCAGGAACCGUACUGGAAGCUGAAGCAGCUGACAGAGCUGGUAAUGCAGACACUAUCGAAGCAUCGCUCACUUUCCCUGCUCGUGAGAGCCAAUUCAACGUAUGGGAGUCAGUUUUAUCGGCAGCUAACACAGCUUACGAUAUUACAAGUUCACCCUCUGUUGGUGACGGAUGAGACGCUGCAAGCCAUUGGCGAAACGUGCGUACAGCUGGAGCGCCUGUCGCUCUCGUAUCUGCGCAUGAUAAACCCGGCAUCCUUCCAUCACCUCUCCAACCUAAUGAACCUGCGACAUUUGGCAAUUAAGGACAGCAACAAAAUGUUAUCGUUCGCUGGCUUUCGCAUGCCACUUCUGGAAAGACUUGAGUUGGGAGACGCCACCCAAAUUGAUUGGCCAUCGUUGGCGCAGUUUGCAUCGAUAGAAUGUCUCCUGAUUAGAUGUGAUUCCUCACAGCUGAACGGACUGUGUGAUCUGUUUGCAGAACGCAUGCGCCGGCUACACACGCUAUGGCUCAAGUGUUACUCCUAUUCAGAUCGGCCGCGUUAUCGAGAGCUAGCUGCGGCACUUCCCAAACUGCCUGCGCUGGAAACGCUCGUGCUAGAAACUUCUGUAUAUUCGAACUGUUUUAUUUUUCUCAAAACAAUCGAACCGAUGCUUCGGCUGACUCGACUAAUUAUAUGCUCUUUUCCUUCUCGGCGGCAUGACAUUGGCCAACAGGUUGCAACACUGUUACCCAACGUUCCGAAUAUCGAAAUUCGUGACUUACAUGAUGUGUACGAAGUAAGAAAAAGUUUGAAAUUUGUAACGAUGGAUUAGAUUUGUAACGAUGGAGCUAAGGUUCCAAUUGGAACCUUUGAGUGCCUUUAGUAGGUUUAUUCAAUAUUAGUAGGCGUUAGUAGGCGGAUUUAGAAUAUCAGGGGCGCUAAGCGGUACGACGAAUGGAGGCCCCUAUAGAUGAUGAUAGAGCAAAAGGGAGGGUCAGAAUAUCGAUCUACGGGGCCCCUACAUCGACGGGCUCCAGACGGCCGCUUAGUCCGCCUACCGUUAGAUCCGCCGCUUAACUUUAUCUCUUUAUCUUUAUCUUUAUUUAAACUUUAUCUCUAAUCAAAGCUCGUUAAACGAUCACAUAUUUAAGCGCCAUUAACAACUUACCAAUCAAUAACAACUGCUAUAUGAAACUAUAUCAACAAUGUUACUUAACAAUUAUAAAUAUUGAAUAAUAAUUACUCAAUAAAU